GGAACCCUGGUACCCACGAGGUUUAAGAUGGAGAAAGUUGGAGGAGAGGGUUGGGGUUGAAAAGGAAAAGGGCAAUUAUGCUAAUCACGAGGAAAUUACAGUCGAGCGAGGAACGUCAUGGGCUUCCCCUUCUAGAGCUUCCUUCGACGAAUACAAAACUCGGGGUAACCCGCAGGUGCUACCUGCUCAGCUAGCCUCUCUCUGUUUGGGUAGUCCCUCAGCUUUGCCACCGGGAAUUUGGGCGCUUGAUCAUAAGUUUGAGCUUACUCCUACCGCUACCAAAGGGUCGAUUGGUAUGAUAGCACGACUCUUCCAUAAUGUCGGCUCUUAAUCGUGCCCUCGUCUCCGUCGUCGCCAUCGUGGGCGUCGGCAGAGUUUCGGCUAUCCCCUAUAACACCUUUGACGGAGAAGGGUUUCCUGCUUGUCAUGAUGUCGCACUCGUCCACAAUGCUACGAGCGUGGAUGAUAUCGUCCAGAUAGUAAAGGAUGCCCCCGCCAAAGGGACACCUGUAAGGGCCUCAGGCAAGGGCCAUAUGUGGUACGAUACUAUGUGUUCAGACAACCCGGACACGGUCAUCAUUCGCACGGAGAACGUAAAUAAGAUUUCGAAUCUAGUGCUCGAAGAGGGCGCUGAGACAGGGACGGUGGAAAUAGAGGCCGGUGUGACAUUCCUCCAGCUUGCCGAAUAUCUCCACAACAACGGUGCCUCGAUGGGGUAUACGUUAGUCAAUUGGAACAUCACCAUGGCUGGUGCGGUGGCGAUGGGCGGACACCGCUCUGCGGUCCGUGAGGACUCGAUGGUCGCGGCUGGUGUGCUGUCAUUAGAUAUCGUCAAUGGCAACGGAGAUAUCGUGACUAUCGAGCGCGACGAGUCUAAUGACGACUGGCUUGCUGCUUCGACGUCUUUGGGGCUGCUCGGUGUCAUUGUUCGCAUGAAAUUCAAAAUCUACCCAGACUUUAAGGUCUUCGCGAAACAAGAGACCCUGGACGAAGACGAUGUUCUCAAUGGCGACAUUUAUGGACUGGUUGCACCCUAUGCUACAGCUAAUUUCUGGUGGUGGCCGUACAUGAAGAAGUUCCAUUGGCGAUACUACGACAAGGUUCCGCUCACCCUGAGCAACCAGGAAGGAUUCCAGAACACCUUCUCUAUAACAGAUACGGAGGCGUUUGUGGCAAAAUCCACCCUGGAGAGCGGGAAAUACCUAGCGACUUCCAACAUGUUCUUCGAGACCACUGCGUUCGCCCUAUGGUCCGCUCCGAACUUCCGCGAGAAGACGACUCAAAAGACAAUCACACAGUGGCCUGUCUACGGUUGGAACUACGACGUAUUGAUUGGCGGCCUUUAUCCGGAUCAAAAUCCAGAGUGGGAAUACGGCCUGCACGGCGCCACCCUCGAAUUGGCGUUCCCUAUCACAUUGGCCAACCAGAUGCUCAAGCGCGUACGAAAGGCGUUUGACGAUGAAGCAAAGAAGGGCAUUAUUAUGACAAGCACCUACCGCAGUGGUAUCAAUAUUAAAUUUGGAAAGCCUUACUACGACUUGUUAGGCCAGGUCACGUACAACACAUCCGACGGCGCCGAUUGGACGAAGGGCGCUAUCAUGUUCGACUUCCCGUCGUUCAAACCCACCAUCGGCGACGGGAAGCGUUUCAACGAAGAGUUCUACCCUCGAUUAGCCAAGACGCUUAUCGACGAGUUCCCAGCCAGACCUCACUGGACGAAGAACACGCGAGAGGUGUUUGGCAACGCGACGAAGAAUCUGGAUCCGGACCACCUGGCGAGGUUCAAGGCUGUGCGCGAGAAGUUUGAUCCGAAGGGCAUCUUCAAGAGCGUGAUUGGGGAGAUCUUGGGUUUCUAUAGUUAGAUGAGUUGGGCUAAGAUCGUUCUGGUGUGUCUUGCCGUUAGUAUCAUAUGCGAUGCUUGCUUACUUGCUUUGAUACUAGGGACCGUCAGUAUAUAUAUAGGUAGCUUAUGAUAUGAUGUGGUUACGGAUGAUAAUAUUAAUGAUAGGUCAUUAAGGGGUUUAAAUAGCAGGAUAUGUUGCCUUGCCUACGUUGUACCAAUUACCCCUAUUAAGUUCAUUCGGCUGCCUUGGUACCUCUAUAGGCAGCUUUAUAAUAUUCAUACUCUUGUGAUAUAAGAAGACAAAUUCCAACUGAAACUUGGUAAUAGAGAACGUAACAAAUUCUGAAUCCCGCGGUGUAGGCGCUUUGACUCCUCAACCCAUUUCCCAGGCAAGUUGCCAUGGUAAAUCUCCACGGUGAAUAACAGGUAAGAGGUGCGCCUAGCGGAUCAACCCUACCGCAGCUAAAUUGUCCAUAGUUUCGGCCGUUAUUGCAUGGGGUAUCUCCCGGGCAUUUGGAUGCCAGAGCAACGAACUCUUUAUAAGGUGUUUAUUUACCUUAGGUACCUACUAUUUCGUUCUCAUGAGUGUUCAGAAAAAAAAUUACAUUCUUCCCCUUCUUCUCUCGACAUCUGGAAUUUCAUAGU